UGAAUCCAAAUAGCUUACUUCCAAAAGGUUAUUUAUUAAAGUUAAAUUAAUGAAACUAAACCUAUGACAUUUAGAAGGAAGGGCCCCACCACCACUCACCAAAUGCCUUUUUUCAAGUCUUAAUCAAAAAGUUAGAGAGGGAUGCUUCCUCCAAUUCUACCAUGAAAUUUACUUAUAAAUUCCCAUACUUCACAUCCCCCUCUCCCCAUUCUUUCCUCUUCAUUUCUUAAACCCUUCUAUAAAUCCCAUCUUCCCCUUUCCUAUUUCAUCAAACACCUGAAUGACGAACCCGAAUGCGGUUGUAUCCGACGCCCAAUCUGCCAUUGCGAUGGCGAUCACAGCGGCUGUCAACACCUCCUCCUUAUACUCCCCCUCUGUCCCUAACUCCCCUUGCAAUAUCACCCUUUUUUCAAGAAACAAGUUCCCAAAAAGCAUUGAAACCGCGGUCACCGCCACCGCCACGGGAACUCAAAGUGGAAUAGGGAAAAACAUUGCAUGGGUUGAUGUCAUGAGAGCUUCUUCUCCCACUAGAAACUCUUCUGAAGAUAGUGAAAUUAAAAGAGUUUGGAUUAUGAAACACCCUUCAGCAUUGGGUGUGUUUGAAGAGAUCAUGAGUGCUGCAAAAAUGAAACAAAUUGCCAUUUUUCUUGAUUAUGAUGGCACUUUAUCUCCAAUUGUUGAAAAUCCGGAUCAAGCCUACAUGGAUCCUCAGAUGAGAGAGGCAGUGAAGAAUGUUGCAAAGUACUUUCCUACAGCAAUAGUUAGCGGGAGAUGCAGAGCCAAGGUUUAUAAUUUUGUAAGAUUAUCAGAGUUAUACUAUGCUGGUAGUCAUGGGAUGGACAUCAAAGGACCAUCUUCUCGCAAGCAUCAAAAGGGAAAUCAAAAUGUACUUUGUCAACCUGCUAAGGAAUUUUUGCCAAUGAUGUCCGAGGUUAAUGAAAUUCUGAUGGAAAAAAUAAAGGACAUCGAUGGUGCCAAUGUGGAAAACAACAAGUUCUGCCUGUCUGUACAUUACAGAUGUGUUGAAGAACAUAGUUGGAGUGAUUUAGCCGAUCGAGUUAAAUCGGUUCUUAAAGACUACCCUAAGCUUAAGUUGACUCAAGGACGAAUGGUUCUCGAGAUUCGACCAACCAUCAAGUGGGACAAAGGCAAAGCUAUUGAGUUCUUGUUGGAAUCAUUAGGUUAUGCAAACUCUAAAGAUGUAUUGCCUAUUUAUAUUGGAGAUGAUCGUACCGAUGAAGAUGCAUUUAGGGUGCUACGAAAACGAGGGCAAGGAUUUGGUAUUCUUGUGUCUAAAACACCUAAAGAAACCGAAGCGGUUUAUUCUCUACAACAACCAUUCGAGGUUAUGCAGUUUCUUCAACGUUUAGUGACAUGGAAACGAUCGAUUCUUCAACGCAACUAUUAGCAAGUAUAGACGCUGAAUUGAGAUGUAGAAAACCGUCACUUCCCACCGAGAAGUUUUCAAGAAGCGUGGGAUGAUAUUUAUGUUGUAGUUAUCGUAUUUGAAUUACUAGGUAUAUAUAGAAAACGACAAUCUUGUAAAUAAUAUCACUAUGUGAUUAUAUGAUCAAGACGAGUUUACGAUAUUAAAUCAUGUGUGAGACAAUUUCCCACAUGUUUCUUGUUUUUUUAUUGUUGAACUAAUGUAAAAGUUUAAUUGGAUGAAAAUAUUAUGUAGUUUUAAAUA